CUCUUGCGCCGCCGCGCCGCUCGCCGCGGGCGCCAUCUUGCCGCCGGCUGUGGCACAGGAGGGAGCAGCGCGCCUGCGCCGCGCCAUGCCGCACUACCAGGCCUGGGAGGAGUUCACCCGCGCCGCGGAGAAGCUCUACCUCGCCGACCCCAUGAAGGUGCGGGUUGUUCUCAAAUACCGACACUGUGAUGGGAACCUCUGUAUCAAAGUAACGGAUGACGUAGCUUGUCUGCUUUAUAGAACAGACCAAGCACAAGACGUAAAGAAGAUCGAGAAAUUCCACAGCCAGCUAAUGCGACUCAUGGUGUCUAAGGAAUCCCGCAGUGCUGCCAUGGAAACAGACUGAAUUGCUGAAAAGAAAAUGAAUGCUUCAGUCAUAUUUCACUGGAAGAAAAUCUCUGAAUUGAAUGAAUAGUGGGACAGGAGAUGCUUCUAUGUACUGAAGUGGACAAGCUGACAAGUUUGAAGUAUUUUCUUCCCCAGACUCCACUUCAGAAAACUAUGAAAAUAAAUGCUUUCAAUCGAAAGCUUAUAUUUAUUUUUGGGAAUUGAACAAGAAACUAUUCUAACACACUAAGUAUGUUAAGAAGACAGAUCUUUACAAAUGUACUGUACAAAAUUGCCUGAUUUUGAUGGCCCACACAUGUACUUCCGCAAAGUUAUGAUAAAAUUUCAUAUAGAUUUCAUUGUGUUCAAAUGUUAUGCUGGUGUAUUCUUACAGUGAGGUUUAUUAACCAGAUACUGUAGCAUGAUGACUGGAUCUAAUAAAUAUUUACGUAAAUGAUAUAUUUGGGGGGGAGGGUAGAAGAAUGGGUGUUUUCUGAAUGGAAGUGUUAAAAUUGCCAAUGUAUACUAACACGGUCACUAGCAGAUCUUAGAUCUUUGUAUUGAUCUUGGUCAUAUGUUGUGUAACAUUAUCAGUGAUGCAGUCUGUAGAACUGUUAUUGGCUAAAUAAUUAAACUUCUGUAUUUAAAACCUUAAAGUAACACACAGAUUUUUGCAGUUACCUAGCAAUACUCAAGCAGAUAGUUUUUCUUGUUAUGCAAAUACUGAUAUUAAAUAUCAGAAGGAUUUUUUUCCAGUACUUGAACUUUUUUAUACUAGCAGGGGGAACCUUUUCCAUCCUUGCCUUAGGCGAAAUAUAUCAGCAAGACAAAUUCUAGAAACUGUUGCCUAUUAUGUUAAUAGGAAAAUGCAACCAAACACUCUCCAGAGUCGUCAUUUUAGCAGCUUGCUAACUGCAUUUUCAAAUGUUACGUGUAGCAGAUGGAUGUCAGCCAACUGAAAAAAGGGAUGAAAAACAGCUUAAUAAAUACUUAAAUACUACUGACAAAAAUAGAUGAAUGCUCAUGUGGCUUAGACUUGUUUCCCAUUGUUGCCUCUGGUAGGGUGAUGGAAACUUUAGCUGUCUUUUGCAAAGGCUUUUUGCUUGACAACCCAGUAGCUGAAAUUGAUACUUGCUUUGACUAGGCUUUGCAUACCUAAAACCAGAUGUUUUUUUAAUGUAAUUAUGCUAUUAAGCCAUGAAAUCAAAACAGAGCUGUACAAAGAUUUCUGUGCUGGCAUUUAAAUAUAAUACAACAGCCCUCUUAAAUAACUACCUGUUCUCACUUACAUGAAAAUAAUUGAGCUACUCAGAAGCGAUGGAAUUCCCAUAUUUUCCAAGGACUCAAACCAAAACUGAGGCCUUGAAUAUUGCAUGAGAACACCACCCAUUCAGCUGAUCAUACAGUGCUGCAUACUGUUGAAAAAUUGAGUGCUGAAUUGCUGGUGGUUACUCCAAAUUCUAAUACGUAGGCAUGAACUAUAUAUAAUGUUUUUUCUUUUGAAUUGUUUUUUGAAAUACAGAUAAAUCCAGAGAGAAUGCUAAGCUUUGUUCAUAAUUAAACAGUGAUGCUGAGGAUUUUAAUUGGUAUUCCAAAUUACUGUCUUAAUAUAUGCAAUUAAAUAUUGCAAUUAAAUGUUAAGUAUUUAAACAGUUGUAACUUAAUAACCUAAAGCACUGUUCUACAGUAUGUAUGGUCGCUAUACGGAAGUCACACAUUAAGCUUUAAGCUGUUGACAGGUAUAAAGGCUGCAGCUAUAUCAGUGUAAUUUUUGGCCAUCUCUUACAAGUUGGUUUGUCAUGUAGAUGUCUGCUGUAAGCUAAGGUACAGAAAGGCUUGAGUGGUGUUUGCUUGUGCUUGUAGGAUAAAACUGAGAGAGAGAGAACUGCAGGCAGACUUGGUGCACCAAGGGGCUGAGAGGCUUAAAGAAGGUUUUAGAGGGGACCACUGCUGACUAGCUAUGGGGGGAUUACAGUAGCAGUUUUUAAGGAAAAAAUGCAAGGAAAUGGAUUUCUAGUUUUCUAAAUUUAGAAAUUAUUUCUGUAAAACCAUAAGGAAAUAUUAAUGCUACUUUCUUAAGGAUGUGGGUUACUUGGCUUGUUCUCCAAAUAUGUGCAGAAAAAAUGCAGAUGGUAAUAUGCAAUUAUAAUGAACAAGAAUAUUGAUAAAGCUAUUACUUAAAAACAAAAAAAAAGCUUUUUGUAGGUCCUUUAGAAAAAGGCACAUGCCUCUUGACUUUAUCCUGGACUUUUCAAUUACUUCAGUACUGUGUAGGAUAGCAGAAAUGCUGUGAACUCAAAGCUUUUUUUUCUCGCUUUUGCUAUUACUGAGAGUACAGUAUGCAUGUGUGCAUUGUACUGUAGUUACUGUUUCCUAAUAAAACUUUAUCAAUGGGUUAGCCCAUCGUGUUGCCAACUACU